AUGACACCACCAAAUCAGGACAACUAUUCCAGUAAUGGGCAUUUGGAAAGUCUUGGAAAUGAUGGUAUUAGAAAUAGUUUCUUUUUCGAGGACAAACAAUCGUCACUUAAAUCAACUCAAAUGUCUUAUCAAAAAGAAAGAGGAAAGCAAUAUCAUCGAAAAUCCGUAUUAAACUACAACAAGUCAUCAUCUCAACAAGAAUCAACACCACCACGUCAUCAUCGUCGACGUCGCUCUUUUUAUCCAUCAAUGUUAGCCUUAUUCUUUGGCCACACUUCUUCCUUAUUAAUAUUUUCAUUUCGGCUACUUUUCCAAUCCAAUAAUUUACCACUAUUAAUAAACUUCAUUUAUCAUUUCGUGACAACUCGAUUAUAUCUUGGAAAAUCACGUACACGAUACAUCACAAUUAACAACAAUCCUGAACAAUCAGCGACGGCAUCAGGCCCUGUUACUCUUGAGCUGUUCAGAUAUUUGAGUGGUUUACAUUCCUCAUUAGCUGCGCUAUCAAUUCUAACCUUGGUUAUUUCGAGAAAGGAUUCGAACGUUUCGCUGAGUAAUGAGAAAUUGGCAUUGUUGGUUUUGGGAAUAGCGAGUGGAUCGACCACUUUGUUUGAUUUGAGGCACAAUAGGACAUUUUUUAAGGAGAGACGAGGUGGUUUCACUUUAUUUGUUGCCUUGAUGAACGCUGUCGCUUAUUUUCGUUCU